UUAACAGGCCCGUUAUUUAACCGCUGUAUUACCACUUUGUACCGGCUGUUCGUGUGUGUGGAGACCGGAGUCAUGGCUAACCGCUCCCUGUGGUCGCUCUGUCUGCUGCUGGCGCUGCUGCUGCCGCUGGAAGUCCUGUCUCAGGACUUUGACCUGUCCGAUGCUCUGGAUAACGAUGACGACAGUGGACCACCGACCCCCCCACCAAAGCCAGCAAAGCCAGCCGAGCCUGCUGGAGGAACGGGAGGAGAUUUUAAUCUGGAGGAUGGAGUCGAUGUCGUUGGCACCACCACCACCACUACCACCAAAGUCCCACCCAAGGUUGUGCCGAAAGCCCCCACAGGUACCAAGGCCCCAGUCAAGCCCAAACCCAAGCCAGCUGCUGAUGACUUUGACCUGGCUGACGCCUUGGACCCCAACAAUGACAUUGGUGGCAAGGAUAAGAACAAGGGGCAGGGAGGUGGAUUUACUGACGACGAUCUGUUGGAUGUCGGCAAAGACGAUACCUACAAGCCUGAUAAAGGCAAAGGUGGGCGUCCAAGCGGGGACGAUCAAAUUAACCAGUACGACGAUAACAAUGAGACCACGGCAGAAGUGGGCACCAUUGCAGGGAUCGCAAGUGCGGUUGCUAUGGCGCUGGUGGGUGCAAUCACCAGCUACAUCUCCUACCAGAAGAAGAAGCUGUGCUUCAGUAUACAACAGAGCCUGAAUACUGACAUGGUGAAGGCUGAGAACCCUGAGGCUGUGGUGGCUACAGAACCACAAGUCCAACAGACUCUGCUGGAGCCACCCAACGCUGAGCCUCCCGCUGAAGAGAAUGCUGUGUAACACACACACACACACACACACACACACACAACACACACACACACACACACACACACACACACACACACACACACACAACAACAACACACACACACACACACACACACACACGAGCGCCUACAGGAUAGACUGUCUAUUGUAGCAUGUCCGAGUUGAUCCUGCAGCUCUGUGCUGUGAAGGUUGGGAUUUGUAGUCCUUCUAUGCUGAAUGUGAACACAGAUUUUUCUUUUUUUAAUUCUAUGCUGUAAACAUGGCCAACAGUGUAUCGAACCUUGCCAAAUGUAUGUGUAUAUAGUAAGUUAUUAUUCACGGUUUAAACACCACUAACAAUGUUUUUUACAGUUAUCCGGCCUUCAGCAUGUUCUCUGCGAUUCCUCCACUGGGAGCUGGAGCUGCAGUUUGUAGCAUUUUGCUGAGCUCCAGACACACAGGGACGUCGAAAUGCUGAAAAAGUAAAUACAAAAAAAAAAAAAAUGGUUGAUCUCAUUAUACAUUGGAGAAAGAAACUCCUCUGGGUGUGUGUCGAGCUUCUCCAAGUUCACAGGGAGUCAGUCACUGUUCAGUGGACUGGAUUUAAGGCGGAUUAGUGUCCUGAUUGAUUGAGUUUUGGCUAGCACUUUACAUGACGGUAUCUACAUAAGUGUGACAUGACACGGUCAUGAACACAUGACACUGUCAUGACACAUGAACCCUAACCCCAAACCUAACUCUAACCCUAACUCUAACUCUAACUUGUCAUGACAAAACAAUGACAUUUAAUGACAGAAGCGUUAUGUCAUAAACGUUUAUGACUUGUUUAUAAUGUUUAUGACCCGUUCAUGACCGUGUCAUGUCACUCUUGCGUAGAUACCUUCAAGUAAAGUGUAACCGAGUUUUGUCAGGGAAUUCCAGCUGAACUUCACGUGAACCAGGUUGCGCCCUGUGCUUCUCCUCCUUUUACAUAUAUAUUUUUUUUGACAAAUCAAGGUUGUGUUUCAGCAAUCAGCAACAGGGCCUGAAAUUAGCACCCGACCGCGCGCCAAAAUGCGGGUGAAUUUUGCCACUGGCGGGUGAAACUGCCAAUAUACCUUCCUCGUGUGCGGGUAGCCAAUGGGAAUUUUUUUUGCCACUGUUUUCUUUCACAUUUGAACCAAGUCCCCCAUUUCCUUGGAUUUGAGCUCAAAUGUGUAUUCUUAAUAAGUUCAGGAGCUAACUUCAGGCCCUGAUCAGCAAUAUCUCAUAUCCUGACUUUGAAUGGAACACAGCAGUUUUCACACAUAACUGAUUAUCAAGUCGUAGAUAUUAUUACUUGUUGAUGCACAAUGAUGGAAUGUUGUGUCUUUGCUCACCACAGACGAGUAGACAGUGAUUGGAGAACAUUUAACAAGAUUCCCCAGAUUUCUAUUCAAAGCCUUGUAGCAACUGAUUAUGUAAUCGCCCGUAAAGAGUGGUGAUAGAAUGUGUAUUACUGUCAUCCAGUUUAUGUUAAGGCUCAAGCUCGUACUCAUAGAACUCAAGUUACACCAUGUAACCAUGAUGUUCACUCACAAUCUCUUAUUCCUACAACAUGUGACUUUUUUUAUUUAAUUUAUUACAUUUUCAGUUUACUAUAUUGUCAUAUCGAGGGGAUAAUCCGUGCACGUUUACAUGCACAUAAUAUUGUGUUUGCCCUUACUCUGAAAAAGACAAUAUUCAGCUGUUUACAUGGCGACUGCAGCCCUGCAAACUGUCGGCUGCUUGGUUUGUGUCCAACAACCACAGCAACGCACAGACCUGACCGUAAGCCGUAAACUGUCACAAAGUGCAGUAAAAACCCCGAUUGAGACGCAGAUUCAGAAUACCCUGUAUACAUGUCCAAAGAAUGCCUCUAAAACCUGAAUAAUACCGCAUUAUCCCACACGUCUUAAUCGGAAAAUACUAUAUUAGGUUUAAAGGCCUUUUUUGGAAUAUCCAAACGAAAUAUGCUUGUUUACAUGACCUGCAUCAAAUUUGGAAUAUUGUCGUAUUCGGGAUAAUAGUGGACUAUUGGUGUGCAUGUAAACGUACUCGGUGAUUAUGAUGAUAAUGCUAUCUAUAAUCAUUAUUAGGUGAAGUUUCCCCGGAUGUUUAAUUGCAUUUUGACCCACUUGGUACACGUCUUGCUCUUAAAGGGGCUCCACUGUGAGCUGAUAGAGUCCAUUAGUGGGACACACCUCGUAUACUGGACUUACCGCAGGCAGCCACUGUUUACAUCGUCAGUUGCGCCUCAUGUUGUCUAUCUUGAUGUAUAAAGUUGCCUUAUUCAGAUUUGGAUCUUUUUGCAGUGGGGGGGGGGGGGAAUAAGGCGUCCAAACAUUUCUGUCUACUUACAACCUGUGACUUUUUAUAGUGUAAAUAGAAUCUUUUUUUUUUCCAACUAGCCUUUUAAUGACAACGCCUAAUGACGGGAGCAUGGCUUGGUUUUCCGAAGAUGGUGAAGUAAUUGUGAUGCGAAACGGCCAAAAGUUAAGUCAGAAGAAGGAAAAAGACAAAUUGAGUUCAGAAGAACGGGUCAGAUUGAAUCCAAGGACUCACCAUACUUGUAGCAUAAAAGUGAUGCUAGCUAAAUCAGUUCCACUGCAGUUAGAGCUUACAAAUGCACAGCGUGUACUUCUUGGCCUCUGUUCGUUUGGAACGGGAUCUUCCUCCAGCGGGAAGCUAUUUGGAAAAAAGGGAAAACCUGAGCACUUUGUUUCCCGGAAAAAAAAAAAAAAACCAGGCUGUGCCGCGGCUCGUGGCCAGGCGGAAACGUGUGACUUGUGACUUUUGUUGACGAUACAUUUGCUAUAUUAAGAAGCUAAUAUUGUUUGUACCAUGUUUUAUCGUGUUAGCCGUGAGGGGCCAGUGUGUGGAGCAGAACUCUCGAGUUGGUCUUUAUCCCACGGUGGCCAUUUUUAAAUUCACGUUAGCAUUACGUCACCACAGAGGCUAGCGAGAUUUCUGAUACUGUAGAGCAGGCCGCUAUUGGCCCAAGCAUACACCGAUGACAAAUAACCAUUUCAAGGAAUCCUCGUGGCGUUGUCCUGUUAUUAUGAAACGCAACGUGUGUAUCCUCGAGGCCUAACAAACACGAUAGAUGCAUUUUGUUUAAGCUAGCUAUGCUAGUGGAAUAGCAUGAAACCGUUAGCAAGAAUGUGAAGUACGUCAUCAGCACGCACGAGGUACCAACAAAACAGGGACACACAUUUUUAAAACAUGUGGCCCGUACACCGUGGCACUAAAAACUCCACUGGACACCCUGAACCACCUGAAUACUCUCCUCAUGCAACGGACUCGUAUGAUAUCGUACGAAAAGGUUAUGCACAAGAAUUGGUAUGAUUUCCUACGAAAUUAGGCAACCGCCGGCCGGUCACGUGACGACCGGUCACAUGACAGCUAAGUUUAGCGGUCUUUACAGCUACAUUUAGCCCUAGGAAAGGCUACUGGGGGGCCAGGUACUGGUCACCGCGAGGUUACGGCCGCCUCAGGGGCCGCUACAGUUGAGUUUGGCCGGCAAAAGUGAGCGUCACGCGGUGGCGACAGUUAGUUUAGACACCAAAAAUGGACCGUUUAAGAUUAGUAAGUAAGUAAAGUCUUAAGCUGACCAAAGUGCUGUAUGGGAUACAUACGAAUUACAGUAUAUUGUAGCUAUAUGUACGAAAACGUUCAUGAGAACAGCCUGCCUAAAUUCUUUUAAAGUGUACCAACACAGGAUGAGAUAUUACAUGUUAUAAUUCUAUACACAUGUUGAAAUGAUUUUGUAAAUUGAUCUGCAGGAUUAACAGAACAGCCGCCAUCUCCCCGAUUCCACAGACUGGAAAGGGGUGUCAGACGCAGUUAGAAUUUUUUUUUUUUUUUUUUUAAAGGUGUCCAGAAGCCUUUAGUAGACUUGGAAAUGGCCACCGUGGAACAAGGUUUAACAGGAGUGGAAACAUGAGGUAGAAGUGAAAGAUGUCCAACGUGUGAAGUCAAAGAGAGGGAGUUUGUAUCAGUUGGCACAAAGACGAUACUGGCCGAGAUGAUAUGCAUUUAAAAAAAAAAUAAUAAUAAAAAAAAAAAAAAAUUAGAAGUCUGCUUUAGCUGCGUAGAUGAAGUUAGCAGCAGUAGUUAGCUUUAGAGCCUUGAAUAGUGUCCUAACGAGUGCUUUUGGAAAGUUGUGAUGGUUGUACAUAUUAGCGUGAGCAGUUCUGUGUUUGUACUUUUACUGUAGCCCUGUGUAUGAGCUUGUUUAAUGCUCCAUAUUAUAUACACAUAUAUAUAUAUAUAUAUACUCUUUAGUGUGUGUGGUGUGUGUGAGUUUACACUAUUCGCCUGCUCUUUUUACACUUUGUACCCGACUUUCCUAAUAACUUAGCUUCACUUUUUGUAGAUAGUUACGGCUUCCUUGUUCUGUACUGCCAACGGUUUGUCUAAUGCCUGAAGAGGUCUCGACCGGUCCUGAAUGAGACCUGCGCUGCAUCUGAAAUCAUUUCACUGUUAUCUGUCCUGUCCGAUAUUUAGUCCGUCUGUCGUUUUUAUAGCGCUGCUCAGGAUCUCUGCUGGGGAUUUGUGGAAGCCUUACGUAGUGGACUUAAAUGAUGUUCGAGUGAACUAGCAGGGCUCUCGGAGAGCGCAGACCUCUGACGAGGCCACGCCCUUUCUCGCAGUGUUCACAAAAAUAUCAUUUUGGUAUCCGUCCCGUGAUUCGGAAUCUGCUCCGAAACUUGAAUGGGUUCUCCCUCGGCCCAUGCUACACCCUUCCACACCGCGUCAUGAAAAUCGGGCCAGUUUUUCCAUAAUCCUGCUGACCGACGGAAAAAAAGCGGACAUAAUAACGCCACGUUCACGUCAUGGGUAAGAUUUACAACUUGGGAACGUUUACUUUUAUCAGACAACGAAAAACAGCCGUGGUGAGGGUUAUUGAACGCUAGCCGUUAAAGCUGCGUUUGUUGAUCUUGAUGGGCGGUCUAAGGCAUCUUAGUUUGAUUUGCUCCUCCAAGUUCCCCCAGUCGCAAUCCUGACUUCAGUCUCUUUGCGCGGUUCUUGCGUCGGCCUUUACGCUCUCGUGCAUAAAUCGCCGCAAUUCUAUCAUUUCAGCCAGUGCUCUGGGCACGCCGCGUGCAUUAUCGAUCCCACUACUUUUCUUGGCAAGACACGCCCCGCGGAGCAUUCAAACGCUGGGAUCGGUCAGUGGGGAUGCUGAUUUGGAUUUGAGUUUUCCUGGCCGAUAGCCGACCCUCGCUAACCAAAUUCACCCGUUGGUUACUAAAUUUGUCUUGGCAAUACAAGCGCCAAUUAUAAAGACAACGCAACAACAACGUGAAGACAAACGUUAAAAACAUAUCAGGCAUCAUUAAAAACAUAAAAACAUUAAUAUGUGGGGGGCCCAGCCCUGUAAGAGUGGUCAUAAAUAGUCAUCAAUCUAUACAUAUUUGGGGAGAAAACGGUCACUUCUGUGCCCUCUUGUGCCGAUUCAGCAAAGACACUGACAAGGGAACAGAUGAAUGUUUAGGUUUGGCACAUGGGAAGAGUCCAGGGACCGUCGUCCUGGUCGCGCAGCCACGAUGUGGCGUGCAUUGCCGUGGACACGUGCGGUUCGCGCGUCCAAACGAUCAGUUAACAGUUGGACGGUUAAUCAUGAACCUAUUGGCUAGGUGUUCUCGCCCACGUGUUCAGGUCCUACUCCCUGACCAAUGGGGCUCUCCUAACUAACCACCCAGCUGCUACGCAGGGCGUGUCUUGCCAAUAAAAGCAUUGGGAUCCAUAAUAACGCACGCAUGCCUCUUGGAAUGCGCACGGCUCCCUGGUGGUGAUCGGCGCGUUGGUCUUUGGUACCCAAAGAGCCAAUUCUGUUACUUUUUAAAAACACACUGCCAACCACGGAGCCAGUGUACUUCCUUAAGAUGUUAAAAAACACCGAAGCUAGUGGACGCACACAGGGGACGUGAACGUGGCGCGAGCAGCGAUCGGCGGCGACCUGAGUAGUGUCCGGCAGAGCGCUCCGUAUCUACACAGAGGCGAACGCGUGAAGGAUUUCCUGCCGAGGCAGUGUGUGUUGUAGAGCUGUAAACGGCGGUCGUGGUGUGUUACAUAUCUGACAGGAUGCAGCACAGUCCUACAUGGAUACCACACCCUGGUCUCCUCCAUGUUGCACCCUUUGCGUCCCUCGUUCUCUUGGGGGGGGGAGUAAGUGAUCUGUUCACCUUGUACGACACAUGCAUGGACGCCCUGUCAGCUGUAAUUCAAAAUGGUGCUUCUCUCUUUGCCUUAUACCCUAACACAGUCCCACAGGGACGCGCCACAGUAUUCAUCUAACACUCCGUAGCUGCAGCCCGAGCGAGAGCAAACACCCGAGGGCUCCCAGCUCCUUUGGGUGGUUACCUCGGAUGAACGGCGGCGGCAGCACCCGAAGGACCUGGAAGGCGCCGGUGUUUGGUCGCGCUCCGGCUGCACAGAGCCCGAGCCUCACACCGAGCAAACACUGAAUAACAACCCUUUUUCCGUUUACUGAAUGUAUCGAAUGUCUUAACGUCACAUAGCAAAAAACAAACAAACCUUUUGGCCUGUAGCAAAACUACAAAUUCACCAAAGAUGUAGCGUUGUGAUUGGCUUUGCCUUUAUGUAUCGGGCUUGAAUGAAAAAGGUGUCUUUUUUUAAAUUAAUGGAGAAGGAAAGGGAUUGAAUCGAACAGAUUCUAAAAAUUUGAAUUGGUCGGAUGGUUGAAGGCUCGAUGGAUCCGAGUGAAGAGGACAGAUCCGCCCGAUAUCUUACAAAUAAUGUGUAACGAGGUGUACGAUGCUCACUUAGAAAACACAAUGUGUGGAUGACGCCGUUGUUUUUCGGCACUGUGGAUGUCGAUACGGCUUUAGGACUCAGUGUGGACAGUGACAGUGGAACAUACUGCUGUUUGGAGCUGCUUACCAGACUGUAGAUAGCUGUAGACUGGUGGAGGAGCAGCCGUGUCCCUAGAUCUGGUUUAGGGAGCGUAUCAGGUCUGUUUUACAAGGCGUGCUAAAAAUAAUCAUGGCUAUCAUCAUUCAGCACACUGAUACAGUGAUUACACACGCACUGUUCAAAAGCUACAACAGCACCGCAAAGAGAAAACUAAAAGCAGCCGUCUUGAGUUGACGACAGAUGGAAAUGACUGGAUCAAGGAAUUACCCAAAUAUUUACACAACUCAUGACACUUUCUGAUAAUGCAUAUACGGUAAAAGCUUGCUUCUGGGAGCACUCCAUAUUGAAAAUCGAAAGAACAGUGCAUUAGGCAUUAGGGCACUGUCACUUUAAAACACCAAAUCAGCUUCAAAUUCAAACAAACUAAUUUGGUUUGCAUUAAUAUGAACGCAGCCCAAAGUAACACAGUAGCACUUAGUAUGGGUCAAGUGCCAAUAAGUCAUUUCCCAUAAUUCAACUCAAUCAGAGUUUUUUUGGAGCCGAAAGCCGCGAGCUGGCAAAAACAGCCGACUGCUUAAGAGUGUAUUUUUGUCCAACUGAACGCUGAACGAGACCUUUUUAAUCGACCAAAAUGGUCCAAUUAACUUUCACGAAGUGAAAACACUAAGUGAGGGUUCUGAGACGAAAAACGAGAUAGCCACGCCCCUAAAGCAUCCCCUGCUUUAUCGCCCAUUUUUAAAAUAAAUGGGACCCUAAUUUACAAAAGGAACAUCAUGCUGUGUUGAAGAAGACUUGAAAGUAGCGACUGAGGCCAUAAACUCAUUAUGAAAAAUGUUUACUGAGGUAAUAAAGUGACAAGUAGGCUCAUUUUCUCAGAGACUUCUCCAGAAACAGACUUCCUUAUGGAGCCGGUGGAGUCUCCCCCUGCUGGAAAUGAGAUAGAAUGCACUUCAGCGUUGGCUUCAUUUUUCAGGCGAUUUUCACCAAAAUCCCGUGCAGUGUUGACGUAUAAGAUCAGUGGAGUGCUCCUUUAAGUAUAAGGCUGGGUUUGAGCUCAAGAAUGAAUUACCGUAGCAACAUCAAUUGAUUCAUCACAAGUCUGCUUCCUAAAGUGACAAACUAAGCCUGGAUUGCAUCGAUAGCUCGCUUUGUAAAGUGUGUCCGUGCGGUAUCUGCGCUGCCACUCCUGCCUGUCCUCUCCCUGCAUCACACACUCAGUGCCUGUCACCGCAUGCAAAGCCAGCCACAGCCCUGCUGCUAAUGGUGGGAUGUUUGAGGGCUGGCUUUGCAAGGCUGCCUGUCACAUACACACAUACUGCUCUCAGACACACACACACACACACACGUUGAUGCAUGCUUUUCUCUACGUGCUGUAUGCACAGUUGACGUGUGUACGACUGUUGAGCUUCCUGACAACUGAAUGUUGGACAGUUCUUCAUCGCUGCAAGUGUAAUAGUGAACUCUGCUUUCUCUCUUAUUCCACUAUGAUAACUCUGGCAAUAUGUUACUAAUAUGAACCGAUACAAUAAAACCGUUUAAAAAGACAAA